CCGCAUUCGUGCUGACGGCUUCAUUUUUCGUCUAGCUACAUUUUCAAUUCAAUUAGUUCCUGUUUCAGUAUGUAGUUGUGCGUGCAGUUGCUUCUAUUUUCCAUACAUGUUUUCUUGUGAACUGAAGGCCUUUUCAAGUUCGAAAUGGCAAAGACUCUCACCAUUUCUGAGGAGGAGAGUCUGUCUACCUUUUUUAAACCAAUUAUGGAUUCGCAUCAGCUGAGGGUCGUGGAUCUUCAGGGCGAUGGGAAAAUACACAUUCACGGUGAAGGUGCGUUCGACUGCACGGAUUGCGAUAAUCAGUGGUCCUUAAUCUUUUCCUGGGUAACCAUUAGUCUAAUCGAGCAGAAGAUAGUUUACAGAUGGAAGAUGAAGUGUAAGACUUGUUUGAAACCCUAUCAGCCAACAUUCUCGCUCGACCAAUUUAAAGAGAUGAUCAACAAAGCCGUUUUAAUAUAUACACGUUUAUACCGACCUACAUCGUACAGAAGACGAGGAAAUCUACAUUUUAGGCCACACCAGCCCCUGUUGUGUGAAAAAUGUGGAUACUGCCCUUACACUCCUUGCUGGGCUAGAUUUGUGUAGUAUAAUUUACAUUCCUAAUGGACGUUCGAACAUUCAUCGCGCGAUUUGUCGAUGAUCGGACUCAAAGGACUUGUGGAGUUAAUUUGUUAGUGAAAAUUGCAAUUAAAGUUUUUACUAGACAGAAGGUCUGAACAAUCAAUAUUUUAUUCCUGUUAUUGUGGCAAAUCACAGUGAUUCUUAGCAGUUUGUCUUCGGUAUUAAAAUUUUCAAAGAAAAAGUUUUUUACCUGCAAAGAAGUUAUAAUUUUUGAUUUGAUACGUAAUUAUUUCUUGAAACUUGUGAAUUUUCUUUUCUACUUAUUUUGAA